UGGCGCUGAAUGAUUGGUUCAUUGUUACGACGAAAACUGCCGAAAAGAAUAAUUCAUAUUUUCAGAGAAUCCAUCUGCAGGAAAACACUCAUUUGACAUGUUGCAAUGCUAAACAAACUGUCACACAAGGACUUGUUUGGACGGAAGGAAAAUCCCAGGGAAAAUCAGUUCAAUCACCGGAGAAUUGAACAAAAAGAGAAGACAAAUGGAAAAAAUGAUAAUGCAGGCAUACUCUGUCUCAUUCUCCUCCUCCUCCGCCUAUAACUCCCCCAACUACCGCCAUUGCCGCCACAAUGGAGUGAGAGUAAUUGUCGGAGUCGAAAGAGGAGCAACCUCAAAUGCUCAUUGGCUCAUCUUCUCCACAUCUCCGUCAUUGUCCACCAUGUCCACCACCACUAGAAGCGGCUGCAAUUGGAUGGCGAGGAGGAGAGAGAGAACCAAAGACGUCGAAUCAUCACCUGGGCGCUGUGCAGCUGCCUCGGGCGCUGCAUUGCCGCCGCCAGUUCCGCCAAAUACAGAAAAGCAAAGGGAGGUGCCUAAACUCCGGCCGCUUCUCCGAAGAUUAUGGAAGGUGGCGGCUCCCUAUUGGUCCUCCGAAGACAAGGUGCAAGCGAGGAUCCGGCUCGCCAUAGUCUUCGCUCUCACUCUCGCCACCACCGGCAUCAGCGUCGGCUUCAAUUUCCUCGGCCGCGACUUCUAUAACGCCCUUUCCGACAAGAACCAAAAACAAUUCACGAAGCAGCUGCUUUACUACUUAGCUGCAUUUGCUGGUGGAAUUCCGAUUUUUGUGUUGCGAUAUUAUGCAAGACAAACUCUUUCUUUGAGGUGGAGAGCUUGGAUGACAAAACAUUACAUGGACCGUUACCUAAGCAACCAAGCCUUCUAUAAAAUUCAAUCCCAAUCAAUGAUCGAUAAUCCAGAUCAGCGCAUUGUUGAUGAUCUAAAUUCGUUCACAGGGACUGCCCUAUCCUUUACUGUAACAAUUUUCGAUGCCGUGAUAGAUCUCAUCUCGUUCAGUAACAUCUUAUUCAGUAUCUAUCCUCCGCUGUUUGCUGUUCUAUUUGUAUAUUCAAUUGGUGGAACAGCCAUAAGUAUCUAUCUUGGAAAGAAUUUGGUUUCUUUAAACUUCAUGCAAGAGAAAAAGGAAGCUGAUUUUCGUUACGGACUUGUGCGCGUCAGAGAAAAUGCUGAAUCCAUUGCUUUCUAUAGCGGUGAAGCAAAUGAAAUGCAACUUUUGCUACAACGCUUCACAAGUGCUUUCAAAAAUAUGAGUAAAUUGUUGAUAUGUUCAAGAAAUGUCGACUUUUUCACCAGUUGGUACAUCUAUCUUGUUCAGAUUCUUCCCGCUGCUGUUGUUGCCCCUAUGUAUUUCUCAGGCAAAAUUGGGUUUGGUGUCAUUAAUCAGUCCACAUCUGCUUUCAAUCAUAUUCUUGAUGAUUUCUCCCUUAUUGUCUACGAAAUUCAGGCUAUCAGUGCAUUUGCAGCUGUAAUUAAUCGACUUGGUGAAUUUGACGAUCUGUUGGAUAGGAGCAAGUCGGAAUGCCAUUCUGACCCCUCAGAAGGGAUAAGUUUAAUAUAUAGUAACGUCAAAAGUUUACCGGAACCGGAGUCAAAUGGAUCCAUUCCCAUAGAAAAGCAACAAAAGUUGGUGGAUAUAGAACACUUGACUGUGGAGACUCCAAGUGGUACUGCAUUGGUUAGGAAUCUAUCGUUGGUAAUCAACAAGAACGAGCAUUUAUUGGUAACAGGACCAAGUGGGAGCGGUAAAACAUCUUUGUUAAGAGCUAUGUGCGGUCUUUGGAGUACUGGAAAAGGAAAAAUCAUAUUCUAUGUGAAGGACGGAGAGGAUAAUCAACCGUCCAUUUCUUCUGGUGCAGUAGUUCUUGAGGUAGAUACUGGUAGUGAUAAAUGUGGGGAACUUGGAAGGCCCUCAAAUAGGAAUUAUGAAGGCAUAUUCUUCCUUCCCCAAAAACCAUAUAUGGUAUUGGGAACACUGCGCCAACAGUUGCUUUAUCCUACAUGGGCUGAGGAUGCGAUUUCCACAGCAGACGGUACUAAACCAACUGGGUCACUUCCUUUCUUGAAGCAGGCACCAAAAUCAGAACAUACGAGUGAAAAACCUAGCAAGCCCACAACGGAGGACCUGAUACAGGUUUUGGAGGAUGUCCGACUUGGCAAUUUAUUAUCCCGAUUCAGCAGUUUGGAUACUUCAAAUGACUGGUCUUGUGUUCUCUCCCUUGGAGAGCAGCAACGCCUUGCUUUUGCGCGCUUACUGCUCUCCAAACCAAAAUUGGUUCUACUGGAUGAAUCUACCAGUGCUUUAGAUGAAGCCAACGAGGCUCAUUUAUAUCAGCAGGUUGAAAAGGCGGGCAUAACAUAUAUAAGCGUUGGCCACCGGCGAACUCUGUACGACUUCCACAAGAAGAACUUACUUAUAUCCACCGUGGAUCCCAGCGGCGCCGAACACAAUUGGAGCAUUGAAUCCAUCGAUCGAGAAGCAUCAUGCAACUUAUGAAACCUAUAAUUUUAGUUGCCUUUUCUUACAUUAUGUCACUUGUUUGCUCUCAAAUCUGGAAGUUUUUUGCUUUCAGAAACUGCAGAAGAUGUAUGAAGUUAUUUUGAUGGUAAUGUACUAAAUUUUAUGCUCUUUUGUGAUUUUGUAUAAAAUCAAUAAAAAGUUACAAGAUUAACAAUAUAUCAGCCACUUAGUAUUACGGUUUAGUGCAUUCCUCUUCACUUGUAAGUCAGAGGUUUUAGGUUCGAUUCUCGCUACAAGG